ACACUGCAAAAAUCUGCACAUCCUUAUAAGUGAAGAUAAAUGAGUUUAAAUGUUCACGUCUCAACAUUUAAGCUUCAGACAUAGUUAGAUUUUAUUAAUAUAAAUAUAAUAAAAUGAACGAGAAAUCGAUCAGCUGGACGCUGUUGUCUUGUUUCAGAGCAGUUUAAAUCUAACUGGAUCCUGUGUGGUGAAAAACGGUUUUUACCUUCAGGAGGAACCAAACAGAGUAAAGUUUCAGAGAUCCUUUCAUGGCUUCGUCAGAUGUCAGCAUGGCAGAGGUGGUCAUCGUCACCAUUCCAGACCCUGUGUCCAACGAACUUCCUUCUGUGGUGGAGGAGGAUAAAGCCGUGCUGGUGACUGCAGAGCUAACUCCUGAGGCUGGGGAGGAGGUCCUCACAGUAGCACCAGUGGAAGCAGAAACUGAAGCCACAGCUGACUCUCUGUCUAAGGAGGAGGCAGUUAUUGUGAAACUUUCUGAGGAGGUGGACGUGGAGGCUGAUGUCUUCUACCCAAUCACCUGCGGAGAUGCCAAAGCCACGCUGGUGUGGAAAAAGUUUGUCUGUCCAGGGAUCAAUGUCAAGUGUGUCCAGUUCAAUGAUCAGCUCAUCAGCCCUAAAGAGUUUGUGUGUUUAGCAGGGAAAUCCACCUUAAAAGACUGGAAGAGAGCAAUCCGCCUCAAUGGCACCAUGCUCAGGAAGAUCAUGGAUUCAGGUGAGCUGGACUUUUAUCAGCAUACAAAGGUCUGCUCCAACACCUGCCGCAGCACUAAGAUCGAUCUGGUGGGAACUAAAGUGUCAGUCAGCUGCGACCAGUCCGCCGACCUGCUGUCUGCCUCUGCCUCAUCAGCAGAUUUAAACGGAGCAGCUGUCUCAUUUCCAGAUAUGACAGACGAACCUUCAGAGUGGGUCACUACAAUCGGAGAGGACUCUGUAGUGUUCUGGCGUGCAGUGAAGGAGGCAGGGCUGCUAGAGGAAGUGGUGGAGGACUUUCAGAAAAAUGUGCAGGAGGUGUUGAAGGGGCUACAGGAGAGAGUAUGUGAGCCACGGGUAGAGGUCAAAGAUGCUGUUCUGCUUAACAACAUAGUGCAGAACUUCGGCAUGCUGGAUCUGGUGAAGAAGGUUCUGGCCAGUCACAAGAGCCAGAUGGACCGGUACAGAGAGCAGUACACUCGCAGCCUUGCUGCUCUGGAGCAGCAGUGUGAUGAGCACAGGAAGCGAGCCAGAGAGCUGAAGAGUAAAUCGCAGCACCUUAAUAAUGUCCUGAUGAACCUGACCCCAAUACCAUCUCCAACAGCACCCAAACGACCCCGGCUGACCCGUGCCGUCUCUGGCCCAGCCGCGGUGAAUGCCACGUCCACUCAGAUUGCUCUCCCACUCAACCAACUGGGCAGCCUGCCGCUCGGAAAGGUGCUGACGGUGGCAGGAGCCCAGGCUGGCAACAACCUCAGUGGCUACACCCUCCUGACUUCACCGCUCUCUGGGUCUGAGCUUGGAGCCAAUGGCUCCAAUGUGACUGUCUUUUCCACGGCAGCAGGUCAGGGGGCUGCGGCAGGGUCUGGCACCUCGGGAGCCUUUGUUAAGGUGGUUGGGCCACAGUUUCAACUGUUGACGCUGCCACUGGCUGGCACACAGAACCCCAUCGUACCACAGCAGGUCAGCACCGUCACUGUGUUUGAUGCCACGGUAACCCCAGCUGAUGAGUCGCAGGAGGGAAGCCAGGCUGAUGGUUAUGAAGGUCAGCCAGGGCAGGUGGCUGAGGAUGAAGAGGAUCGGCAGUGAGAGGAAGGACAGCUGCUCUGCUCCCAGCUUUAGAUUGGAACUGGUUUUAGUAAGUUGUGAUGACUAACAGCUGGAGCUGACUUUAACUUUUCCACAUCUGAUCAUCUUCCUCCAUCAGAAGGAAGCACACAUUUCUGCAUAAGCUGUGCAGAGUGGGCUUCUCAUGUCUUACUGUGCUGUAAAUCUUUUUUUUUUAACUAUGUUUUUUUCAUGCUGUUUAUGAAAGCACAAGAAUGCUCCUUUAUUUGGGAUUAAAUGCUUAGGGUGUAAACAGCA